AUUGUCACUGACAACGCGUAUCUGUCAUUAGGUUUCACUGACGCCGUCCGGCUGCUGCUGUCAGAGUUUAAGGGCAUCAGGAUCGACCAGCCCAACCGUCUGGGGAUGACAGCUCUCAUGAAGUCUGCCAUACAGGGUAGGACGGACUGCUCCAGACUGCUGCUCUAUGCAGGCGCUGACCCCAAAUUACGAGAUACGGGGCGGAAGUUGUGCGCAGAAGAAUGGGCGGCCUAUUGCGGGAGGCGGGACUGUGCAGACGCAAUCGCCAAGUUCUCCAACACCAAGAGUUUCUACCUUAAGUCCAGAGAGGCCGAACGCUGCAACGCUCGACUCGAACGCUCCAACUCGCUUCCCGACAUGGUCAAAGCGCCAGGCACAAAACCCCAGCACAAAAGAGCCUCUCUUCGGAAAAAGAUCAAGAAAAUUCUUCCGGGCAAUACGACUUCGGUGGGCACGCCCCCUGGUGAUUCGAACCCUAGCUCCUCCCCUUCAGGCCACACCCUCAGUGUAAGCCCCUCCUCCGGAAGUCCUUUUGCUGUGAUAGCUAGGUGUGUGUCCACCCCCGUCCUCCCCGGCGCCAUCCAAUCAGGGACGAAUGCUUUGCCCCGCCCCGUGAGUGCGGAGAAUAUCCCCAGGGUCGAGGUCACUGUGCCCCCGCGGGAAGAUGGAGGUCCAGGGACGGACUCCGACCCCGGGCUGGGCGGCGGCAGGAUCGGCCGGUCGAGGCGGAGACUUUUCAACAGUCACAGCAUGCAAGGCAAUACGAACAGCAACAGCAACAACAGCAGCAGCGGCGGCAGCGGCAGCAGCAGCACCACCAACAGCGGAAGCAAUAACACCAGCACGACCAACAGCAAUAACGCGGCCAGCACUACCAGCAACACUAGCGUGAACAUCCCCAAAACGCCCAAACCUUUCGCCGAGGAGUACGUCACCGUCACAUGACCGAGGCUCACGGUCGCCGAUAUAAUAUAUAACAACACC